CACAAAGAUUCCAAACCUCAAGUUCACAAAUUGUAAAGAUUUACAUACAAUAAACGCCGACUAUUUUUUCAAGCACCGUUGAAUUACUAAGCUCGUAGUAAUAACGGUACUAUAGUCUAAUAUAACUUAUCCCCCUUUUUUAAAUUAUUUUUACCACAGAUCAUGUCCUUCCAGGAGGUUGGGGCACAGUUCGUGCAGCAUUAUUAUUCCUUCUUUUCAAAUCAGCGUGCACAACUUGCGGGGAUUUACCGCCCCACCACCCUUCUCACCUGGCAGAAUGAGCAGCUGCAGGGUGUUGAGGCCAUCACCGCGAGAUUUGCCAACCUAGGCUUCGCGGAAGCAAGUUUCAAGACGGAUAGUCUAAAUUGUCAGCCCUCGCUCUCAGGCGGCGUUCUGGUCGUCGUGAAUGGUGAGGUUUCUUUAAAAGAUGAGCGACACUCGCUAAAGUUUAACGACGUCUUCCACCUCGCGCAGGAUAAUGGGCAGUGGUUCGUGUCUAACCAAGUUUUUAAUAUCGUUGGUGGAGGUGGCCAGUAAAUGCGUGGAUCAGAUGGAACACACUUUCAUUCUUUUGGUUUGCUGUUCUUUCGUUUUUUUUUAUCCUUGUCUUUUUCACUAUCACCUUUGUGGACUUCCUUUAUGUGUGCGUGUGCGUGUUUUCUUUUGUCAAAUGAAUUAUUGAGUAGAAGUUAAGGUAAUGUGUUGGGAUUGAUGCAUGAAGUAAAAUUCAGUGCUGUCAAGAAUAUGAAAUAAAAAUGAAAAAAAUAUAUAAAUAAUUUUGAAUUAAAGCAGAAAAAGUCUGAGAAGGCAUCUGUAUAUAUAUAUAUACAUGUUGAUAAUGUAAAGGUGACUCCUGUUGAUGGUUUUUUUUAUUUUAGAUUCAACACAGUUGGGAAGAGGUAACUAGUAAAGAUGAAUCAGAUUGAAACGACUAUGACCAACAAAUAUAGAUGUGUAA